AUGAUAACACAGGCUGUGCCUACAUAGCCCUGCGAAACCUGGACACGCUAACACUUUGGAAAGGUCACCUGGACACCAAUGAUAGUGUGUUCCAGAGUGAGGUGUUAGCAAUUGACCGGGCACUAACCCACAUCAUACAGGAGCAACAUAAUGGAAGCUUCAUAUUGACAGAUAGCUUAUCGUCUCUGCAUGCACUUUUAAAUCCAGUGCACUGUUCCCCGCUCAUAGCAGACAUACAGUCGAAAUUACAUGACAACAGUCAUUUAAACGUAAAGCUGCAAUGGAUAAAGGCCCAUGCUGGCCAAACAGGAAACGAGCUGGCGGAUCAGCUAGCCAAAGAAGCGGUGCAAAACAUAAAUGCUGAACAAAUUAAGAUACCUUGGCCAAUUUCCUGGCUAAAGAAAAAUCUUACUCAAAAAAUCAAAUCCCUGUGGCAGGAAGAGUGGAACUCUGACGACACAGGACGUCGUGUUUAUUAUCAUAUUCCCACAGUAACUUAUGAUCGCCUCAUAAUACAUGCUCAACUUGUACGGUAUAUAACGGGAUAUGGUCCUUUUCCUGCAUAUUUUGAAAGGUUUGGCAUUACAAAUACGGCACAGUGA